AUGGGGACGCUUCAGACGUGGAGAAAAGCCUACGGGGCUCUCAAAGACACCACCAAAGUCGGCCUUGCCCACGUCAACAGCGAUUACGCGGAUUUGGAUGUUGCUAUAGUCAAAGCCACUAACCACGUCGAGUGCCCGCCCAAGGAGAGACAUCUCAGAAAAAUCCUGAUUGCCACAUCGGCAAUUAGGCCACGAGCGGAUGUUGCUUAUUGCAUUCAUGCUCUUUCAAGAAGAUUAAACAAGACCCAUAAUUGGACGGUGGCUUUAAAAACAUUGAUAGUUAUCCACAGGACUUUGCGGGAGGGUGAUCCUACUUUCAGAGAAGAACUUCUAAAUUUCUCUCAGAGAGGACGAAUUCUCCAGCUUUCUAAUUUCAAAGACGAUUCCAGUCCUAUUGCUUGGGAUUGCUCUGCCUGGGUGCGUACUUAUGCAUUGUUUUUGGAGGAACGACUUGAAUGCUUUAGGGUUCUGAAGUAUGACAUUGAAGCUGAACGUCUUCCAAGGCCUGCCCAGGGGCAGGAGAAGGGUUACAGUAGAACCCGAGAAUUGGAUAGUGAGGAACUCUUGGAGCAGUUGCCUGCUCUACAACAGCUGCUGUAUCACCUUAUUGGUUGCCGGCCAGAAGGAGCAGCUGUCGCCAACUACGUUAUACAGUAUGCGCUGGCCCUGGUGCUGAAAGAGAGCUUUAAAAUUUAUUGUGCUGUCAAUGAUGGAAUUAUAAAUCUUGUUGAUAAGUUUUUUGAGAUGCCAAGACAUGAAGCAGUUAAAGCCCUUGAUGUUUAUAAACGAGCUGGUCAGCAGGCUGCAGGUCUCUCUGAUUUUUAUGAAGUUUGCAAAGGAUUGGAACUUGCUAGGAAUUUCCAGUUUCCCGUUUUGAGAGAGCCUCCGCAAUCCUUCCUCACAACAAUGGAAGAGUAUAUAAGAGAGGCACCACGGGCUGUUUCAGUUCCACAUGAGCCAUUGCUUCAGUUGACAUAUAGACCAGAAGAGCCUUCUGAAGACACAAAGUUAUCCAGUGAUGAAUCUGAGCCAGCACCUCUAGACAUUGUACCUGUGUCAAAUGUUGAGACUGCAACUCCUUCCCCACCGCCACCUCCUCCCCCUCAAAGUAGCCAGGACACAGGAGAUUUACUGGGUUUGGAUUAUACUGCAGCUGAUGUAUCUGUGAUGGAGGAAAGAAAUGCUUUGGCUUUAGCCAUAGUUUCAUCUGAAACUGAUGCAGCUCCAACAUUCAAUUCUAGUGCUGUGCAGCCAAAAGAUUUUGAUCCUACUGGAUGGGAACUUGCCCUGGUUACCACUCCAAGUAACAACAUUUCAUCAGUUAACGAUAGGCAAUUGGCUGGUGGGUUAGACUCACUUACUCUGAACAGCUUAUACGACGAAGGAGCAUAUAGGGCUGCUCAGCAACCUGUUUAUGGAGCACCGGCCCCGAAUCCGUUUGAGGUCCAAGACCCAUUUGCUUUGUCAAACAAUGUUGCUCCCCCACCUGGAGUUCAAAUGGCUGCAAUGGCUCAACAACAGUCCAACCCCUUUGGUCCUUUCCAACCAACCUACCAGCCGCAGCAGCAGAAUGUGAUGAUGGGGCCAACAAAUCCUUUUGGUGAUACCGGGUUUGGGGCAUUUCCUGCACAUCCUCCUGCUCCUCACCCACAAACUAGCAACCCAUUUGGAAGCACAGGGCUGCUGUGA